AUGGCAGACUCCAUCACGCCACUGCUAGAUGCCUUGCAUCAGGCCCUCGUACCGCCAACCCGCGCCGCCGCUGCUCUUCCCGCCGCUAGCGACCUCCAGUUCGAACGGACACUCUCACGCAAGCUCGCACGCUCCUUGGACACCGAGUCGGAGCGGGUACUCUCACUCGCAUCACGAGCGCUCAAUUGGGCUAGCAGCGGGAACAAUGCCGCAGGAGGAAAGGCGGCAGGAGCGGCGGAUCCUGUUGACCCGGACUUGAUCCGUGAAGGCGUCUACAACGGCGUGACGGAGCGCAUCGAAGCGCUGCUCGAGCAGGCGGAUGAGGGCGUCGAGAAGCAUCUCGGGAUUGGCAAGAAUCGCAAGGGAGGGGUCGGGGCUGUUGGCGCCAAGUCGGCUCAGGAGAUGGAAGAGCGUGAGCGGGCGAAGGCCAAGGUCGAGCGGUUGCCGGCGAGGCUUCUGCACGAUGCGUUGCUCGAGAAGCCCCAGAAGCGCUUCACGGCGCGAACGAGGCUUCCCAUCCCCAAUGUCGACGACCACUCUGCCGACGGUUCGAGCGCAGUCCCGCUGUGGAAGCCCAUAUUGCGGCGAAAGGUGAACGCGUCGGCAGGGAAGGAUGGCGAAGACGGCUGGCUCAAGGCGGAGCUGUACGAGCCGAAGAGCAACUUCACCCAGACGACCUCGACAAGCCCGCCGACCUACACUCGCUACGCCCACCCAUACGCCUCCGAACUCGCCUCUCUCCGUCCUCCUGCGUCCUUCUUCGACAAGCCUCAGAAGCCGACACCACACCCUGCCGACAGCUUUACCAAGACGCCCUUUGAGUGGAUCGGAGACGAGAAGGCGCUCGAGAAGAUGAUUGCGGAGAUUCGGCAGGUCGGCGAGGAAGGCAUGAAGGACCUCGCCAUCGAUCUCGAGCACCACGACUUCCGGACAUGGAGCGGGAUGACUUGCUUGAUCCAGCUGAGUACGCGCAAGAAGGACUACAUCAUCGACGCGAUCGACCCCGGCGUCCGCGAGAACCUCGAGAGCUUAAACGAGUUCUUCACGGAUCCCGAGUGGAUCAAGGUUCUGCACGGCGCCAAGUCGGACAUCGUCUGGCUCCAGCGGGACUUUGGCCUCUACAUCGUCGGAUUGUUCGACACCUACCAUGCGACGCACGUUCUCGGGUACGCGCAGCACAGCCUCGCAUCGCUUCUCGACAUGUAUACCGACUUUGAGCCAGACAAGCGGUAUCAGCUUGCGGACUGGCGAAUCCGACCUCUGCCGAAGGAGAUGCUCCAGUACGCCCGCUCCGACACGCACUACCUUCUUGCCAUCUACGACCACCUCCGCCUGGCCCUUCACGCCAAGGACGCCGCCUCAAAGGAGACGCCAUCCCCUCUCGAAGACGUCUUCAACCGUUCCAUCCCCGUCUCGGCCAUCACCUUCUCCCUCCCUCCCUUCGAUCACGAGACGGGCCACUUCGAGUCGGGCUUCCUCGUCCCUCUCGCUCGCCACGGCCAGCUCAAAGCCUACUCGACCGCUCUCGCCGUCCCGACGUUGCCGAUCAAGACGGGCUGGGGACCAGGCGAGGCCAAGCUCGAGGUCUUGCGGGAGGUGACGCGGUGGAGGGAGAAGGUUGCGCGUGAGGAGGACGAGAGCACGCGAUACGUGCUGAGUCUGCAAGGCGUGCUGCAGAUCACCGAGACCGGAGCGGCUGGGCGAAUCAAGGAGGGGAGGGACGUCAUGCAGGUUCUGGGAGGUGCAAAGGGCGGAGUGAGCGAGGUCGUCAGGAGGCGCAAGGAGGACCUCGCGCAGCUAGUCAGGGAGACAUUCGAAAAGGUGACCGGACGUGCGAUCGAUGGAGACGCAGAAGGCGACGUCGACAUGGUCGGUGGCGCAGCCUCGCUCGCCGUCACCAACGCGCAGCUCAGCCUCCCGGCGCAGGAGCCCGCCGUCCGACCUGCGCAAGGUCUCUGGGGCGAUGCGCCCGUCGCCUCGACCUCCUCGUCAGCCCCGCUUGUCCCCGUCGCCUCGAGCUCGAGCUUCUACGGCGCCGCCUCGACCACCUCUGCCGCUACGACUGGCAUUUUCGCCUCGUCGAGCUCGUUCUUCGGGGCGUCUCAGGCGAAGAAGACCGCCUCGAAGGCGUCGAAGGGCAAGGGGCGUGCAGAGGAACAGGCUGAAGCGGUCAAGCGCGUCCACGACUCGCUCGUCCUCGGCGGCGGACUCGGUCAAAGCUUGCAGCCCAAGCUCGUCCCGGCGGCGCAGCCGGUCGAGGCAGACGUCGACAUGGCCGACGGGGUGGACGAUGACGCCGUCGUCGCCGAAGAGCCUGAUCGCGGUCCGCCAGCCGCGCUUUCGGCCGACCACACUUACGUCCCACUCACCGGCCGCCUGCCCAAGCCCGACAUCUCCGCCACGCUCGCCGCGUCAAAGACCGAGGGUCUCACGCCGCACGUCGCGCCGAAGGCGAAGGACUCGGACGUCAUCGUCGUCUCGAGCCUGAAGGACAAGCCGAAGAAACGACGACGACAGGAGAGCCAGGCGGCCGUCUCUGCGCCCGCCGACGACCUUCCCGGCCUAUCAAGCUCCGUUCCCGCCGUCGAGAACGCCCAGUCGCCGCCGCCCCAGCCACCCAAGGCGAAGAAGCCGAAGAAGGACAAGGCCCAGCGACCCGCGCCCGAGGCGAUCGUCCCGCACGACUACUCUACCUCCCGCUCGAUCCUCGAUGCCGAACCUGUGCGCUCGACGGGCGCCGAGCGGCGAGAGCAGGACAAGCGGCAGCGGAAGAAGGAGGCCAAGGCGGAGAAGCUGUCGGGCACAAAGGGCUUCGAGAUUGACGUUAGCGACUUCCGGAGGGCGCCGCGCGUUCAGAAUGCGCCGAAGAAGGGGCAGAAGAGCCAGUCGUUCCAGAAGUAG